UCAAUUCAGGCCUGUAGGUUAACUGAUAAUCUUUCAUCCAGGAGUUUAAAUAUUGUGGAAGCGUAGACAAAGUGAUGAGUCCUGACCAGGUAGCUUUAAAGCAAUUCGAGAAUCGAUUCGAGUCUUUUUGUGAAAGCCUUCUGGCCGAGAGAUACUGAGGUGAACGAGAGAAGAUAGAGCUACCAAGUAGUAGAAGAGGUUUUAGGGUAGCCAUGCUAUGACCUGAGAUCAUAAUCUGCAAGCGUCUUGGAAUUGCAGGAGGAAGAAGAAAAGAAGGCCGAGGAUCAUUCUGGUCGGCAAAGGAAGAAGGGGCAGAAACUCAUAUUUAAUUUAGUUUAAUUUGCUAUAGC